UAUUAUUGUUAACUAAAAAUUGGAUCAUUCAGCUAUCCAUACGCUCGGCCCUAAGACUCUUAUCUCCAUUUCCAAGUUCUUAUGGAUAGACUCCCUUAGAUAUAAAUCCAGAGAAGAAACUCUUUCUCCCUCCCCAAUCUGCAGAGUUGAGUGCUUUUAAUCCGCGGAAGAAAAGAAACACGCACAAACAGGAUAGAGCAAAACCCUUCACAAGAAAUAGGAAAUGGCUACAGCAUGUAGCACGCCAACAUCAUCUCUGAUGUUACCUUACGCCGCCUCCGCCGCGCACCCACUAAACCUCACUCAAUCCCUCAUCUGGUUCAAGCCCAAAGCUCCGUGUUUCUGCCCCUUGGCUUUGAGUUAUUGUGCCGUUGGGAGGAGAAAAUCAGGCAAACAGGUCAAUUUCGAUGCUCGCAGAGAGGCCAAAUUCGGAGGUUUCCGACUAGUUGUGGCCGCUGUGGCCGCGGAGGCGGAGGUGGCUGAAGGAGCGGGGGCAGAGGCUGAGGUGGCGGGAGAGGGAACUGGUGGUGUGCCAAUUCCCACUGUGGCUCCUGCGAAGCCCAAGACAGGAAAGGCUGCAUUGCCUUUGAAGAGAGACAGAACGAGGUCUAAAAGGUUCUUGGAAAUUCAGAAACUGAGGGAGAAUAAACAGGAGUAUGAUGUGAAAACAGCAGUAUCUUUGCUGAAGCAAAUGACGAAAACAAAAUUUGUAGAAACAGCUGAAGCACAUUUUCGGCUCAACAUUGAUCCAAAAUACAAUGAUCAACAGCUAAGGGCAACAGUAAACUUGCCUAAAGGAACUGGACAGCCUGUGAAAGUUGCUGUUCUUACACAAGGUGAGAAGUUCGAUGAAGCAAAAAAUGCAGGAGCGGAUUUAGUUGGUGGGGAAGAUUUGAUAGAACAAAUCAAAGGAGGAUUCAUGGAAUUUGACAAAUUGAUAGCAUCUCCAGAUAUGAUGCCUAAGGUUGCUAGCCUUGGUAGGAUCCUGGGACCUAGAGGACUCAUGCCAAACCCAAAAGCUGGUACUGUCAGCACUAACAUACCCCAGGCAAUAGCUGAAUUCAAGAAAGGGAAAGUGGAAUAUCGAGCAGAUAAAACUGGGAUUGUUCACAUACCAUUUGGAAAAGCAGAUUUCUCCGAAGACGACCUCCUCGUUAACUUGCUUUCUGCUAUUAAAUCUGUAGAAGCAAACAAGCCGUCGGGUGCGAAAGGAGUGUACUGGAAGAGUGCUCACAUAUGCUCAUCAAUGGGUCCUUCCAUCAAAUUGAACAUACGGGACAUGCUUGAUUACAAGCUUCCAUCGAGCAUCUGAUUAUUGUCAGACACCUGUAUAUGAUGCGAUGCAAAUAUCUCUUUAUGGGGCUUGAGCCUUGCCAGUUAAUGUUUCGUAGAGAUGGUAGGUUAGAUAGGAAAGUGAGGCUAGGCAUGCAAAGUAAACGAACAGUUCACUAAAAGAAAGCGUCUACUUAGAGGCUUAUAUAUGUGUCUUCACCAUGCUCGAUUGUUUAGUCGCUACUCGCUUUCAAUCUGUCCAGUAGCGAGAGAGUCUGUUGCUAGGCAUAUAGGUUAUCUGUAUUCUGUACUUUAUGCACUGCGGUUCUUUUCGUGUUGUGCUCCUUCAGAUUGAUCUCCAUUUCAUGACCUCGUGGAGAAAGUUUUUGUCAUUUAUUUUCUAUAUUAUUAUUUUUCAUUUUAACAUUUUUAAGUUACUAAUUACAUUAAAAUAAAACUAAGGAUUAAUACCCUAGUUUGGUUUGAAGUUUAGCAUAAGUGACAGUUCUGGCCCCAAUUUUCAAAUAAGACAUUAUAACCUACUUUUGAAAUUAUUGGACAAAUUUGACCUAUAAGACAAUUUGACUGUCAAAAUUAAUGAUCAACAAUUUUUCCCAUCAAUGACUCGACAUUUGUCGCUAUGCAACAUAGAAGCUCAAACCGUAAUCAUUUCAGUUGCUUAACCAAUAUAAUAAAAUCUAUUUGAUGCAAUUAAUCACAACAAGAUUAAUACUCAUGUUUAGGAAAAUGUAUAACGCAUAACAUUUUAUUUUUAUUUGAGGGUUGACUUCUGUAUUUUACUCAUAAAAAUUAUCAUGGAUAAAAUGUUGUAUUCUAUUUUUUAGCAAUGAUAGAAAAUCAUUAACAAUUGAAAAUGAGAUAUUUUUAAUUUUCAGUUUAUAAUAUGUUUGAUUAUUUUUUAUAAUUUUUUAAAAUAAUUAAAAUUCAAAUAGCAUGAAUUUAGUUCGUACAAAAUUCUAAACUGUUACAUAAUUUGACAUGUGAUUUUGUUUUAAAAUUUAAAAAAUGAAAAAGUAAAGAAUAAUCUUCUUUCGUAUUUUAGAACACGAAGAAUUUAAUAUUUUGUUUGUACAAACUAUGAUAAAUAUGUGGAUCACAAAAGUUUUAUGUUGAAAUUUGUAAGAAAAAAACUACUAUAAAUAUCUGAACGAAUACACAAUUACCACGAUGUACUAGAAAAAUAAAAUAAAAAUUGUGUGCUUACUAGAUUAUCAAGAGAUAAUAGCAUGGUGUAAAAAUGAUGAUUCUCUAAGGUAAAAAUAUAGUCAUAAUCAAUGAAGUUAAAAACGCAAUUCUACCUAGAAGCGAAAAAGGAGUAAAAUCGUGUUACCUAUAUCUAUUUAGCAUAUUUAUGCUUGUUAUCCGGUAUAUUGCGAUAUUAAUUUGGAAUGGUACCCUAAUGUUGCCAGCCCAGUUAUUCUGCUAACCGCAUAAGUUGUUAGUAUAUACUAACUAAUAUCCAAAAUGUAUGAACUAGUAUCCAAGUCUGCUGAUUUUACUAAAGUAUCUAGAUAGCACAGACUAGUAUUCAAAACAUCACAAACUAGUAUCCAGAUAGCAGAUACCAACUAAUAUCCACAAUCAACCAACUAGUAUUCAAUAUGGAUACUCUUUUGUGUUAUUUGGAUAUUAAUUAUGUGUUGUAUGGAUACUAUUCUGUGUUGUCUAGAUAUUAGUUUGUGAAUUUGGGAUAAUAGUUGAUUCAUGGUGGAUAUCAGUUAGCAAACCUUUAAUACUAGUCUUUGCUCUCUAGAUACUUUAGUACUUGGAUACUAGUUCAUGUAUUUUGGAUAUCAGUUAGUAUCUGCUAACGAAUCUUCAAAUUAGCAGAUUAACUUUCCCCCUAAUGUUGCAUGUAUGUUUUUUUACAAAACAGUUAACUAUGGUUGUACCACAAAAGACCCCACCACAGAUGAGUCUGGUAUGACCUCCGGUAUAGUUUCACAAACCAUGAAAAUUUUAUGUUACUCAUGUUUAUUUUAGGAGCGAGAUUCAAUUAAGGAACUCCUUGUAA